CGAAAGCGAGUAGCGGCCGCAGCCCGCAGCGAACACAGCGGCUUGUCUCUUUCCCCCCCACUUGUUCAAUCUCUCUCCUCUCUCCCCUUCUCCCCUCCCGGAGCGCAAGAAAAGCUCGGAUUCCUGGUGGUUUCUCCCAUCCUCCGUCCUCGAUCUGAGCGUUGCCUGCUUCCCUGCCUCCCCCCGCUUGCCCAGAUGGCCGCCUUCCGUGUCCUCUAAAUCUUCCGCCGCAGCAAGCUUCCCCCACCUGUCGGCUGUCCGCUGUCCUGCUGCUCUUGCCAAUGGCGACCAAGGGAGGGAACGCGAGGGGCGUCCCGGUGGGGGCGCUGCUGGUGGCCGCGCUUCUCCUUAGCUCCUUGGCUCCCGCCUCCGCGUCCUCGUACCCCGCAAGGGUGGUGAGCGGGUUCCUCUCCAAUGCGGCGUCGGCGGUGGUGAAGCGGAUGUGGUCGCUCAAAUCCACCACCAAGACAGCAGCGAGCGGGGGCAAGUCGAUGGUGAAGUACGAGGGCGGGUACACCGUGGAGACGGUCUUCGACGGCAGCAAGCUGGGGAUCGAGCCCUACUCCGUGGAGGUCACCCAGGGCGGCGAGCUGCUCGUCAUGGACUCCAUGAACAGCAACAUCUACAGGAUGGCGCUGCCGCUCUCCCGAUAUAGCAGGCCGAAGCUUGUUGCUGGUUCCCCUGAAGGAUUUCCUGGUCAUGUUGAUGGGAAGCUGCGAGAGGCGAGGAUGAACCAUCCAAAGGGAUUUACAGUGGAUGACAGGGGUAACAUCUAUGUGGCUGAUGCAAUGAACAUGGCCAUUAGAAAGAUCAGUGAUACAGGGGUUACAACUAUUGCUGGGGGAAAAUCAGGCAGAGGAGGGCAUGUUGACGGACCAAGUGACGAGGCAAAAUUUUCUACCGAUUUUGAAGUCCGCUACGUUGGCAGUAGCUGCUCCCUUCUGGUGAUUGACAGAGGAAACCAAGCAAUUCGGGAGAUUCAGCUCCACUUUGAUGACUGUGUGUACCAGUAUGAAGCUGGUUUUCCUCUAGGAGUCGCACUGCUGCUUGCUGCCGCUUUCUUUGGCUACAUGCUUGCACUGCUUCAACGACGAGUUUUAGGGAUGUAUUCAAAUGGAGAUGAGCAGGAACAUGAGAGUCCAGUAAAAGCUAAAUUAUCUAGCAUUCCACCUCCAUACCAGAAGCCACUGAAGCCUUCUCUUCGCCCCCCGCUAAUUCCAACUGAUGAUGAACCUGUGAAACAAGAGGAGGAAGAAGGGCUCUUCACGUCAAUCGGCAAACUUGUGGGUGGAGCAAAAUCAUCAAUUGCAGAGAUAAUCGGCGCCGCAUUCUCCAGAAAGAAGCGAGUAAACAUUCAUCACCAUCAACUGGGUAGGCCAACCUCCUGGCCAGUACAAGAAAGCUAUGCCAUCCCGCGGGACGAGACCCCACCACCACUGGACACAAGAGCCCCGACCCCUCGUAAGAACUACGCCUUCAUGUCCAAGGAGCCAGAGAAGAUCCACCACAUACGGCACGGCCGGCCUCAGUUACAUGGCUGGACCGGAGAAGCAGCACCUCAGCAGCAGCAGCAGCAGCAGCCACCGUCGCAGCCGCAACAGGUGCAUCACCAGCAGUACCUGCAGCACCACAGGCAGUACUCGGCGGGGCCGCAGACCUUCUACGAGCCGAGCUGCGAUGCGACCAAGGAGAUCGUCUUCGGAGCCGUGCAGGAGGGGGACACCAGCCGCCGUCCCGUGGAGAUCAAGGCCGUGAACCAUGGGGACGCGGCGUCGUACGAGCAGAACGGGCUGCGAUUCCGCAGCAGUUACAGCAUGGGCUACAAUGGCAACAACUAGUCGAGGAAGAUUUGCCUCCGUCCUAGUAGUGUUUUGGCGUCCUCCGUUGUACUAGUAGCUGUAAGGAAAAGAGAGGAGCGAUAGAGAUAACUCGAGGAGAGUAUCAAUCCCCUCAUUGACAAGUGCAACGGAAAAGCUGGAGUUUUGGUAGGAGAGAGCUUGGUGAUAAUGGUUAUUGGACUCUUUACUGGCUGUGACAUAUAUAUAUGUAUGUAUGUAGUAAGUGAAAUGCGGUUAUUGAUCUCAGUCGACGUGAA